AUGCCUUCCAUGUUUAAGAUGAUGGCCAAGUCCCUUGUCAGAGAGGCGGGCAAGAAGGAUCUGAAUCCAGUCAACAGCCUCAGCAGCUCCCCCCGAUUCCGGCCUUUCUGUCUGUUGAGGAAAAGGAGUAAGAAGCACAAGUGUUGGAGCAAAAAAUUCACUUGUACUGAAUUCUCCCUCAUGGAUAUUUUGGAACCAAACUACCCAGUCCCAGAAGUGAGUCAGGAAAGACGUUUCUACUUCUGGAACAAAGUGAAUGGGAAGUUGAAGGGUGGUUUGAGCAUGGACGAAAUAAUAAGAAUGGAUGCAUAUGCUGGUGCUGAACAGUCCCGAAGCUCCUACCUGGUCAUGCAGAUACUUACUGUCUCUCACCAGACAUGGAGAGCUCUGCAGAUGGAAAGGAAACUGGUAAAUCCAGAACCCUCCUUCAUCAGGGAGCUGCGGAGCCGAGGAGAGGACCUAUAUGUGGUGAUAGAGGCCAUGGAGCUCCUGAAUUCUCCUGUGCUGGAGACCAGUAUCAAUUUGGAGGGUGCUGGAAAGAUUUCCGUCCCUGAAACAAAUGUCGAGGGUCAGGGUCAAGGGGUCAGAGAAAAACAGAAGUUCAUGACUGUCCCUCCAGGGAGUAUUGUGGCUUAUCGGGCUGCAAAGCUGAAUAUCUCAGAGAACAAAUGGGACUUAGAGAAUGAAGUCAUGCCAGAUAUGAGACAUGAAUUGCACAUUCAGCCUGGCCAAUAUGAGGAUACCCAGCAGGAAUCUGAAAUCGCUAGGCCAUGUGAUUCAGAGGAUGAAUCCACAUCAGGUCUUCAAAGUCUCCAAGAAAAGACAACCUCCAUGAAGAAAAAGCUGAAUAAGUUGCCUAGAGAGCAGUGGUCCAUCUUGCUUUGUGCCCUGCAAGACCUACUAGGAAACAGAAUGGCAUUACAGGAGUUAGAGGCCAUGCUGAGUCAGGCCCUCAAAACAAGGAAGUUGGGAAAGUUGGAAGGCCCUGGAAGCACCAUCCUACAGUGCCUUCAAGACGACUCAGGUUCGCCAAUGGACAGUCCCAUCACUGGCCUCCUGUAUGUCCUUAGAGACUUAGCAGUCCUAACUGACAGCCAACAUCAAUUGCUAGCCCAAUCCCUGGAGAAGAAGAUCUUGCCUCAGCAGCUAGACCUGGUGAGAAGCAUCCUGAAGGCAAACUUCAAUCAGUGCCAGAGAGGUUCCUUCUCCAUUCAGCCCGAGUCGCUCUCCCUGCUCUGGGGAGAGAAUCUAGACAUCACCCUGGGUCUUGUGGAACAGUGUAGUCUGGAGCUACAAAGGCUUGAUCUCCAGCUUGCCUGGGAUCAAGAUGCACAGAUUCUGCUCUCUGCACUCUAUGGGGCUCUCUCAUGCCUUCAGUGA